CUGACUGAAGCAGUUGGCGGGGUGGGUUAGGUGCUAUAGAGGAGGGUCCUGAGGGGUAUUCAGGGGGCAGCCCUGGGAGAAAGUGGUAGAUAUUUUUAAGGCUUAGGGGCGUGUGUGUGUUUGGAAGUGUGGUGGGAGAGUGCCUUGGAGGUUUGAAGUAAUAAGUCCAUGGUGGGGCAGGGGGAGCUUAUUUGUGGGUAGGGUAUCCCUAACGGAUCAGGAUCCUGGCAGCAGUUAGGAGAGACUUCUUCUGGGAGACAGCACAACUUGACUCUGGUGGUCAAGCAAUGGGUCGUGCGCUGAGGAGUGGGGCCAGUGUGUGUGUGUGUGUGUGUGUGUGUGUGUGUGAAGGCAGUGGGGCCGAAUGAGGUAAUGGGGGUGUUGCCAAAGGGCGGGAGUGAGUCGGCGGAGGUCCCUAGGGCUGGGGUGCAGUGAGAUCAUCGGAGGGGCGCUGUUGAUGGCGGGGCGGGGCGCUUGGAGACGGUUCGGGGGUGUGACAUAUAUGGGGGGAUGCUGCCUGCUAGAUAGGAAUGGAUACUGUGUGUGUGUGGGGGGGUUUGUAUCUAGGAGAUGGUCUUUGGGGCUGUUAGGGGUAACACAAGAUGGGGGGAGUCAAAGUUUCUGACAGCAGGGAGUUAGGAAACCAUAGUUGUCAAUAGUGUUCCCUCUGACAGGGAUUCCCAGAUGUUGUUGACUUCAAUUCCCCUAAUCCCCAGCCAAAGGCCCCUGCAGCUGGGGAUGCUGGGAGUUGUAGUCAACAACAUCUGGGAAUCCCUGUCAGAGGGAACACUGCUUGUCAGUCUGGCCUAGGAGAGGAUGGGAGGGAGGCCUAAUGGGCGAGGCACUACUCAGGAUUAGGGUUAAGGGUAUAUUGGCACAAUUUCCAGGGCGGUGAGGAAGAGUCCUGUGUUAGGCGAACGGACCUCCUGGGCACAGGAUCUAGGGUAGGGAGCCCAUUGCUAGAGGAGGUGGGGUGAGGGCAAAUGGCCUGGGAGAGAAGUCGGUGUGAAGUGUCCGGAUCUUGUGAAGGGGGGGCAGAUCACAGUGAUCUCGGGAAGGGCUUGAGCUGGCGUCCGUGGUGUGUUGGGAGGAGGCUGCAUGUGGGGGCAGUCAGUGGGGAGUGCACUGAACGGGCAGCGCCUACAGCACAGAAGUGAAGUAUUGGACUUGUGGAGUUUUCUGCUUCUGCUGGGGAGCGCUGGCGGGGAUCCGCCUUCGGAGGUGCCAGCCCUAGGCUCAGCGGGCCUCUUGGACGUGGGCCGGCUGCAGGCUCAGAAGCUACGCUUGGCACACAGCCGGGGCCCUUACUACAGCGGCUCCCUGCCCAACGUCAACCAGAUCGGAAGCGGCGCCUCGGAGUUUCAGGGCCCCCUCCACUCGCCUCUGGACUCGGCUCGUGGCACGCGGCACCAUGGCUUGGUGGAACGGGUGCAGCGGGAUCCCCGGCGCAUGGUGUCCCCCCUCCGCCGCUACAUGCGCCAGAUGGACAGCUCCCCCUACAGCCCUGCGUACCUGUCUCCCCCCGCCGAGCCCAGCUGGAGGAGGACCAUGCCUUGGGGUAACUUUCCCACGGAGAAAAGGCACUUGUUUAGGCUGCCCGCGGCGCUCAACAGAACAAAUUCAGACUCUGCCCUACACACGAGCGUGAUGAACCCCAACCCUCAGGACACAUACCUGGGCCCGUCCCAGGGGGGCCCCCCUGCAAAUCGCAAGAGCGGUUACCUGGACGGUGACAUUGACAGCAAAGUGUUUCUUUUCCAAGUGCCUUCCAUCGAAGAGAACCUCCUGGAUGACGGCAAGCAGUUGCUGAAACCCUGGGACCCCAAAAAGCUCUCUUCGUCGUCCGCCCGUCCGAGGUCCUGUGAGGUACCUGGGAUUCACAUCUUCCCGUCGCCAGACCAGCCGGCCCAUCUGCCCCUGAUCCCCUCCAACCUUAACACGGGGGGCUCCCUCCCCGACCUCACCAAUCUGCACUUUCCGUCCCCGCUGCCUACGCCUCUGGACCCGGAUGAGUCGGGAUAUCCCAGCUUGAGUGGCGGGAGCAGCACCGGCAACCUGGCCAACACCAUGACGCACCUGGGCAUCAGUGGCGGCAUGGGCCUUGGCCCUGGCUACAACUCCCCAGGCCUGUGUUCAUCUAUGCAGAGCUCCCUCAGUAACCCCUGCAUCCAGUCCGCGCUUAGCAACCCCUCCCUGCAGGGCUCCCUCAGCAACCCCUCGCUGCGCUCCUCCCCCAGCAGCUCCUCCCUCCCCUCCUCCCUCAGCAGCUCCUCCCUCCCCUCCUCCCUCAGCAACCCCUCCCUCCCCACCUCCCUCAGCAGCCAAUCGGUCCAGUCCGCCCCCGGCAACCCCCCUGGGGCCCUGCAGCAGUCCGGCUUCAGCAGCCCGGCCGCCGCCGCCUCCUCCUCCUCCGCUGCUCCCCCCUCGGCCCCCGCCGCCGCCUCCUACGCCCCCCUGAACGCCUCGCCCCGGCGCAGGGUCCCGCUCAGCCCUCUGACCCUCCCCAUGGGCGGCGACUCCAGAAGGCAGCACCCCAAACAGUUUUCGCCAACUAUGUCACCCACAUUGUCCUCCAUCACGCAGGGGGUGCCGCUGGACACCAGCAAACUGCCAGCCGACCAGAGGCUGCCGCCGUAUCCCUACAACCAGCCUGGCUUGCUGCUCCAGCAGAGCCAGAAGCCUCUCCACCAGCCUCAGGCGCCGGGAGGGGCGGCCCCACAGCAAGGGCGGCAGCCGGCCCCCCAGCAGCAGCAGCAGCAGCAGUUCCCAUGCCCGUACUCGGCCUACUACCAGUCCAACUCGAUACUGCAGCACCAGCUCGGGCAGCCGCUGGGUGACUUUGGCCUGGGCAGCUUCGAUCAGUACGGCAUGUCGGAGCACAUGGCGGGAGGCUUUGGAUUCAACAGCAACCCCUUCCCAGAAGACCUGGGUGCCUUAAACUACGCCCAGAGCGAGAACAUGGGCCUGUCGGCGGGAGGGGGAGGCAGCAGCGCGCACGACCCGCACUUAUUCAACCGCCAGAACCUGAACAACUGCAGCCGCCACAGUAACAUCCCCAAUAUUAUCCUCACAGGGGACUCCCCGCCUGGGAUCUCCCGAGAGAUUGCCACAGUCUUGGCGGCCGUGCCCGGCUUUGAGGUGGACUCCUCCUCCCUGGGCUUGGACGAGGACCUGAAGAUCGAGCCGCUGACCUUGGACGGACUCAAUAUGCUGACCGACCCCUACGCCCUGCUGACCGACCCGUCCGUCGAGGACUCCUUCCGCACCGACCGGCUCCAGUGAGGGGGGAGGAGCAGUGAGGAGGAGGCCGCCCGGCAAGGAAGGCGCCGGGGAGAAGCCGGGGCCAACUCCUGCCCCCUGAACUCGGGGGGCGCCGCGGUGCUGGGGCGCCCCCUCGGUCUUUGUACCCCCCGUCACUUGGGUUAUCGGUGGCACUUGGCCUUCCAGGGCCCUCUGGGAUUGGACUCGAUGGAGAACCAGGCGGAGCUGACGGAGGGGGUGGGCCCUCGAACCCAGGGGCAGCGUGGGGGCUUCCAGGGCUGGGGGGCGGGGCGGGCGGGCGGGCGCAGACACAGUUAACAGCAUCGUCGCAGGCAGCCAAGGCAUUGUCGGAACUCGGGGCCCUCAAAGCGGGGAGGAGACAGGCAAAUGGGGACGGCGCGACCCCUAAACCGAGGGAGGGCAGGGAGUGGAUUGGGGGCCAGCAUCUCGUCCCCCACCCCCACAACAGUCCUGGCCAUCUCUUUGGCCGCCCCCCCCGUUUGUGUGUGUGCGUGCGUGCGUGCGUGCACGCCGACAUCUGCACCCAGAGCUAGAGAUGCUGCCCACAGAGCCCAGCGGUGGGGCGGAAGGGGAGGGAAGCACUCUCGUUGGCGGGGGUUGGUUGGGCUAAUCCCGAUUCUUUAAAAAGAGAAAAUCCUGUACAUAAGCCUUCCCUCGAUCCUCGCUGCGCCCCACCCCACCUCCUUCAGCCACUGCGUCCCGAGGCGGGUUGUGCGGGGGGGGGGGGAGGCAGGAAUGGGAGGUCUCUUGUAAAGCACUUGUAACUUUGCAUUCUUCUGUGUUGUGAGGUCAUGGUCCAGAGUCUUGUGUGCGAGUCGAGGCGGCGCGGGCCGCAGGGGGGGCCGCGGGCGCGGUACUGGCCUCGCUCUCUGUCCCCCCUCCCCCCCCGGCUAUGGAGGAGACAAAAAAAAAAAAAAAACCCAGAGUGAUUUUAUUAUUUUUUUUAAAAUAUAUUAUAUGUUAAUUAUAAUGUCAA